UGUCGUGUUUACGUUGUCAUCAUAAACGUGGAUGUGAGUCAGAUAAUCGAUUAUUUUGUUUGCUUCUUGCAUCAAGGGAUGUAGCAUCAGUCUCUGGGAACACUGAAGGGAAACUUUACCUUACGUUACAUCGAAAGCCGGAAAUAGAAAUCUGGCGGUUUGUUUUUCUCGAGUCAGAGAAAGGUAAGCCCUUCCCUUCCCAGCCCACCGAGGGAGUGCACCUUUUGUGUCAGCCGGCUGUGUUUUUCUUUUUUUAAUCGUGUCAACAUGGACAUGUACGCAUACAGCGGGGUCUUCUUGGUGAAAAGAUUCCUGGACAAUGGCGUUUUUGAAGUCACAAACACGUCUGACAUCAACAACUCGAAUCCUCACGGCUGCGACAACGGAGCGCUGACGGACAGGUUCGGCGUCCUGAUCCAGGGGCUCCUGGCUGUGGUUGCCUUCAGUACGCUGAUGUUGAAGAGGUUUCGGGAGCCUGUAGGGAUCAGACGACCGUGGAGGAUCUGGUUUUUUGACACAUCCAAGCAGGCCAUUGGUGCUCUUUUCAUCCACUUUGCCAACGUCUUCCUGUCCACGCUCACCGAAGAGGACCCAUGCUCCCUGUAUCUGAUGAACUUCCUGCUGGACGCCGUGCUGGGGAUGCUGGUCAUCUGGCUCGCCGUGAAGUUGGUGUCCAAACUAGUGGAGAACAAGCAGUGGACGUUGCUCAUGUUUGGUGAAUAUGGCGACCCUCCCCAGGCCGCAGCCUGGCUGGGUCAGUGCGGCAUCUACCUGCUCAUCAUGGUGCUGGAGAAAGCCGUGAUCAGCCUGGUGCUGCUCGUCCCCGGAUGGUCCAGAUUGCAGGAGGUGUUGCUAAGCUACAUCGCUAACCCUCAGCUGGAGCUGGUGCUGGUCAUGCUCAUUGUUCCCUUCAUAGUGAAUUCCAUCAUGUUCUGGGUCGUGGACAGCCUGAUGAUGAGGAAGUACAAGACGAUGAAGAGCCUGAAUGACUCCUGCGACAGCGCGGUGAAGAAGGCUGACUCGCUGCCCUGGGCCAACAGUGAGGAGUCAUUGGUCCUGCUGGCUGCCGGGACAGACACAGACGAGGCGUCAGAGGGGGAGGAAGAGCCCGGCGAUGACGGACCAGACCCAUAUGUACAGUAUUCUGGAGGACCACUGAGACCCAGCUGGGUGGUGGUGUAAACCCAGGUGAUGCUACCCAUCUGGCCGCUAUUCGCACACCACACACUUUUUAGAGCCUAAAUAUGAGCAAACGCAAAGAAGCCUUGCAUCUGUAACUCCUCAAGAGUCUAAAUAUCGGCCUCCUUGUAAACAAAGGCACAAUUAAAAGGUCUUAUAACCUGUGAAUGUGAACACUACAGCCUGAGCUGCCUUCCUCUGCAAUGAACUGGACCUUGACUCAGUGCAUGCAUGUAAAUCAAAUAGCCUUUUGUGGCAGGAAUUUAGAAGCUUGUCAUCUUCUCACAUUGCUGCCCCUGUUUGCUGCAAGAGAACAUUAGAGCAACCACAAUUGAACGUGUUUGGAGAGAGAUUAUAAAGAAAGCAGCGCCCAAAGGACAAACUGUGCGGGUGGUAAUGACAAGCCCUUAGACAAAUCUGUCUUCUCUUCACAACGGGGACUUUUGGAAAGGAUGUUGCUCUAAAGAGAGUCAUUUAUUGUGUAUCAUAUUGCAAAGAGAAACAAGUAAGUAAAGUUUAUGUACAAAUUCUCUAAGAUUUUACUCCGUAAAAAAUAAUCUCUUUUAAUCCACCUUUUUAAUUAAGGUGUAAUUAUAGUAAUUCCAGCGAUUU